AUGGAUUAUGAUAAGUGCCUAGAUAUUCUUCAUCAAACUGAAGAGGAUCUUUGGGUUCGCAAAAUCAACGACAUGCGUUUAGAUGGGCGACUUUGCGACUGGGUCACGCCAAGGUUCCUAUCGCCCGACGGCGGAUUUAUGAACGGCUCCUACAACCUAUGCCAAAAGCUACGUUCCGAUAAUGGUAGUACAAUAUUGCUCCGUUUGCCUCGCGUUAGCAGCAUUUCUGCUUCUUACGCCAACGAGAAAGUUGCCAUGGAACUGGAGGCUAUUGAUUUGAUCCGCAAGAAGACAACCAUACCCGUUCCACAAAUUCACGUUUGGGGUCUUGCUGAGACAAACCCGUUCGGUCUUGGUCCAUUUAUUCUGAUGGAGUUCAUAGAAGGAGUUUGCCUUAAAGAGCUAUUCCUUGGGGGGUCGAUUCAACUUAGAGAAGAAGUCUCAGAUCGCGAUGUUGAGUGCAUAUAUAGGCAGAUGGCCAAUUUUAUGCUACAACUCUUCAACAUCGACUUUCGCAAUAUUGGGAGUCUGCCUACGCCAUAUACGGGAUUUUGCGCUCCUACACGCCCGCUCAGUUGGAAAGCUCACGAUAUUUUACAAUGUGGGGGGGUAAACACAUUUGGUGACAGAUCCAAAGGGUUCUUAACGACGGACGACUAUUUUCAGUAUGUCAUCGGGCAGGACGAGCAGCAAGUUCAAAUGCAGUCCAAUUCAGUCAUUAGUGAUAUGAAUGCAGAGUCGAUAUUUGGGUCGCUGCAGGUUCUGAAGUCUAUGAUACCUGAGAUGAUAAAUGAAAGCUACAACCAAGGCCCAUUCAAGCUUAUCUGCGACGAUCUCGGCCCAGCAAACGUAAUUGUCAAGGGCGAGCAUGACCUUACAAUUGUUGGAGUGGUGGACCUGGAGUGGGUUUAUGCAGGGCCAGCCCAGUUAUUUGCUUCAGCACCUUGGUGGCUUCUUCUUGAUCGGCCAAUUAACGAAGACUGGGAUUUUAAGGCCGGAGAGCCUCCGAAGAUCGCAGAUCGCUAUUUCAGACACCUUGAGAUGUUUAAACGCAUUCUGAGCGAGGAAGAGGAAAAGAUGCCAGAACAUCAUAGCAAGGAAGUUUCGAAGCUCAUGACGUGGUCUGAGGACUCGGGAGCUAUGUGGCUCCAUAUGCUUCUUUCGAGUGGAUUUUUUGAUUGGUUCAGUUUUCCUUGCAUGCACUUACGAGAACGUGUUGGUGUGGCAGAGUGGAGAGACCAAAUCAACGCCCAAAAGGGGAUGAAAGAAUUCGUAGCGAGGAAGCUACGUGGGCUGGAGGCGUAUGAUGUGAAAGUGGGCAAAGUUGAGCAACAAAAGGCUCUGCUGGCAAGUGAGGCCCUGACGAAGGAGGAAUUUAUUGCUGCCGUCCGGGCUAUUAUCACUGAUGGGUGA